UGCUGUAGUAACCCGUUCACACGCGGAGGUCGGAGCUCAGCUGAUCGCGGCUCUCUGUCGCCACCUCGUGUUCACAGAUCGAUGUUUCACUGUCGCUGUUUCUGUUUCACUUUCGUUUUCGCCUCAAGCUGAAACUGAACUUUAGUCUGUGUUUGUUUCUUCGUCUCUGCUGCUUUUUCACAGAUUAAACCUGUAACUGACGAUAAUCCCGUUCAGGUCGACCCCGCUCUUCAGCCCGACAGGUGACAGAGAUGGCCGGGAGAAACGACAGUUCCCAGAUAAGAGACCUCCUUCAUCCAGAUCUCGACUCUGACAGGAGCCACAAGGAGAGACAUGAUAAUAGAGAUCACAGCGGCAAAGACACUUCCUGCUCCUCUUCCUCUGGUGGCAGCAGAGUACCAGGAGGGGAGAGGGAGCAGAGGGAGCGGAGGGAGCAGAGGGAGGACAGGGAGCAGAGGGAGGACAGGGAGCAGAGGGAGGACAGGGAGCAGUGGGAGGACAGGGAGCAGAGGGAGGACAGGGAGCAGUGGGAGCGGUGGGAGCAGAAGCAGCACAGGGAGCAGAGGGAGGACAGGGAGCGGAGGGAGGACAGGGAGCAGAGGGAGGACAGGGAGCAGUGGGAGCAGAGGGAGGACAGGGAGCAGAGGGAGGACAGGGAGCAGUGGGAGCAGUGGGAGCAGUGGGAGCCCGCCUCCUCCUGUUGUCCACGGAGCGACCUGAAGACGCUUUCCCGCUGCGGCAUCAGGCUGAAGGAGCUGAACUUCAGCAGGAUGCACGCCGUCCUCAUCGACGUGAGUGCUUUCAACCACGGAGCGGGGCUCGUGCCCCAGGCCGGGAGAGACAUGUGGCACAGGGACUUUGUGAAGAUGCCGUGUUCACAAGGAAGUUUAAUGGCCUUCAAGCCCGGAUUACUGAGGCCGACUGCCCAGGUGUGCAGGUGGGACAUGAUCUCCAAGCAGCUGAAGGGUCUGGCCAGUAAGAAAGAAGUGAGCGCUGACGAUGUGGCGGAGGCGAUCAUGAAGUAUAACCCGAAGUACAAAGGUCAGUGGACGUUUGACGCCCUCUCCUCCUUCGUCAAGUGUAUCCCCAAAGAAGAGAACUACUUCUGCACACUGUUUCCAAAGAUCGCUGCGCUGAUCCUGUUCCUCAUAAAUCCAGAGCUGAUUGUUUCCCGCCUCUUCACGGAGAAACUGGAGAACACCGAGUGUCUGAUCAUCACAGGUCGACCCCGCUCUUCAGCCCGACAGGUGACAGAGAUGGCCGGGAGAAACGACAGUUCCCAGAUAAGAGACCUCCUUCAUCCAGAUCUCGACUCUGACAGGAGCCACAAGGAGAGACAUGAUAAUAGAGAUCACAGCGGCAAAGACACUUCCUGCUCCUCUUCCUCUGGUGGCAGCAGAGUACCAGGAGGGGAGAGGGAGCAGAGGGAGCGGAGGGAGGACAGGGAGCAGAGGGAGGACAGGGAGCAGAGGGAGGACAGGGAGCAGUGGGAGGACAGGGAGCAGAGGGAGGACAGGGAGCAGUGGGAGCGGUGGGAGCAGAAGCAGCACAGGGAGCAGAGGGAGGACAGGGAGCGGAGGGAGGACAGGGAGCAGAGGGAGGACAGGGAGCAGUGGGAGCAGAGGGAGGACAGGGAGCAGAGGGAGGACAGGGAGCAGUGGGAGCAGUGGGAGCAGUGGGAGCCCGCCUCCUCCUGUUGUCCACGGAGCGACCUGAAGACGCUUUCCCGCUGCGGCAUCAGGCUGAAGGAGCUGAACUUCAGCAGGAUGCACGCCGUCCUCAUCGACGUGAGUGCUUUCAACCACGGAGCGGGGCUCGUGCCCCAGGCCGGGAGAGACAUGUGGCACAGGGACUUUGUGAAGAUGCCGUGUUCACAAGGAAGUUUAAUGGCCUUCAAGCCCGGAUUACUGAGGCCGACUGCCCAGGUGUGCAGGUGGGACAUGAUCUCCAAGCAGCUGAAGGGUCUGGCCAGUAAGAAAGAAGUGAGCGCUGACGAUGUGGCGGAGGCGAUCAUGAAGUAUAACCCGAAGUACAAAGGUCAGUGGACGUUUGACGCCCUCUCCUCCUUCGUCAAGUGUAUCCCCAAAGAAGAGAACUACUUCUGCACACUGUUUCCAAAGAUCGCUGCGCUGGCGUUGAAGCUUCCCGAGCAAGUGAAGAAGGCCAUCCCGCUGCUCAAGAGAGGACACACGGCGGCCAUCACUCUGUCGCAGGUUCAGAUAUCCUGUCUGCUCGCCAACGCCUUCUUCUCCACCUUCCCCCAUCGCAACACGUCAGGACCCAACGCAGAGUAUCACGGCUACCCGACCAUCAACUUCACCAGUCUGUUUGGGAAGUGGUCAGAGCGGAAGAAAGAAAAGCUGAGGGCCAUCAUGCAUUAUUUUAAUGUGGUUACAGAUGAGAAAACGACACCGAUGGGACUGGUGACGUUUGAGAGGCGCUGCUUGAAGGACACGGACCUGCCCAAAUGGAAAAGCUGUAAGGAGAAACUGACUAAACUGCACGUCACGUCGCACGGCAGCAUCGAGACUGAAGGUACUGGGAUGUUACAGGUGGACUUCGCCUCCAGCUGGAUCGGAGGAGGCGUGCUGGGCUCCGGUCUGGUGCAGGAGGAGAUCCUGUUCCUCAUAAAUCCAGAGCUGAUUGUUUCCCGCCUCUUCACUGAGAAACUGGAGAACACCGAGUGUCUGAUCAUCACAGGCUCGCAGCAGUUCAGCGUUUACUCUGGUUUUGGCGACAGCUUCGAGUGGGCGGGGCCUCACCGUGAUCACCUGGACAGGGACGGGUGGGGUCGGCUGAAGAGGCAGAUCUUGGCCAUCGACGCUAUGAACUUCAAACACGUACAGGAGCAGUACAAUAUGAGCAGCGUCACGCGGGAACUGAACAAGGCGUACUGUGGAUUCAUGGGACAAGAAGGCAACGACCCGGACAUCGCCACGGGCAAGUGGGGCUGUGGAGUCUUCAACGGAGACCCACAACUCAAAGCUUUGAUCCAGCUGAUGGCAGCAGCGAGGGCCAGGAGAGGACUGGCCUUCUUCACCUUCGGCGAUGAGAAGCUGAAGCAGCGACUGGAGCAGAUCUACCACCUGCUGGUCACAGAGGGGAUUACAGUCGAGAAACUGUACCGGCUGCUGGAGGACUUCUGUGCUGCUCAGCGCGCUCACGCUGUUUCACGCGUGGAUCUGUUCGAGUUCAUCAGAAACGACAUCAGGCGGUCCAGGAGUCAGCUGUGAGGACAGAUUCACGCCCGUGUCUGCAUCUGAAUUUGCACUAAAAUAUAAACUUUAAUAUAAACUGAGAGAUUAUUAGUAUUAUUUUACCAUGAUUUGAUUGCUGACAGUAGGAAUGUGGGGAGAGGAUGUAGAAGUUCAGUUUUAGGAGUCGAGGAACAAAACAUCUGAGGGAAUCUUUAAAAUGUUGGUUUGUGUUUUGAGAAUUUAAGAAAAUUAGCAUAGCUGUAUUAACGGUUGUAUUAUUAGAGCUAGACUAAAAACAUGGUGAUAACUGAGGUCAAUCAACAUGAACGUUUUUUGGACGUUGAAAUUUGUAGAAAAUGAAACCGAAAUUAAAACAGGAUUAAAAAGAAAAA